AUGACCCUACGUGUUUCCCGAGUCGGCUCUCGACCAUUGGACGCAGCGCAUUAUAUAGCCGAUUCUCAAAUCCCUUGUAACGCGGGCCCAUGGAAUAGACCAGGCUGUCACGACGAAAGGCGUACUUGGCUACAACUGGUAAAUUUUCAAAAAUCCAAUGGGGCCAGAUUCCAGCUUCUUUACAUCCGUCUACGAUUCAAUCUGGGAAGUGCCCACCAUGGCUAUACCCCAAGGCACAGUUAUCUUGACGUGUAUCGACCUUCUGGUGUAGAUCAGCUCAGAGCAUCCUCAGAAGCAAAGGCUUCUUCGCAUGAGACAAUAAUUGUUUACCCCCAUCGACCACGGGCGGAUUCUCAUGCGGCACCCGUGGUAUUGCACUUGAAGUAUCCCAACCGUGCCGAUUCGAGUCCCUAUGGUUCAAUCGUUGACGGUCUACAAACAAAUCUAAGAAUGAUCCUUGCGGCUCUUGAUCGGACUUCCACUGUCACAGCUUUUGCUCCGAGAUCUGGCAAACCUGCGAUUGUCCCCCCGGGAGAAAAGAACUGCUUCAAGUUCACUAGCGCACGCGCUCCUAUCUUCGUUUCGCACGCUGGCAGCUACCGAGACUCGGACAAAUGA